CACAGAGCUUUCACAGUUCCUAAUGGAUCUUCAUCAAGCCCUAGCGCCACCAAUUUGAAGCAUCUCUCUCUCCAAUAACGGAGAUGCCUGUGAGAUUAGUCCGAUGGACGGGGAGGCUAACCUUCCGGCCCCACCACUAGUGACCAAGAGCAGCAAUCUGAUCCGUCCGAUCAACCAAGAUUUUAAUCAGUCCCGUUCAUUCACUUCAGCAUCUUCAUCUUCGUCAUCAUCCUUCUCUCCUUCCUCGCCGCCGGGCUUCCUCCGGCAUGUUCAAGCCGCCUUCAAGCGCCACCGUCCCAUCGUGGUCAGGACUCAGGCCCACAACUCUGAGGGUGUGGCUAUGAAUAUGAGGGAAGCCACCAUAUGCAAUGUAUUCAAUUCACUGCUCCCAGACCAGACCAACCUUGGUACAAUGCAGCCAAAUAGUAUCAGGCCAAGGCGUUUAUUGAAUCCUCAACUAGAAACAUCAAAGAGCUCAACUUUAAAUUUGGACACCAAGAAGUCCCAAGAUGAGCUUGCACUUGGUCAUAGAGAGAGGAAUUGCGCUGCGCAGACAAAGAACAUGGUCUCUGUCACUCACAAAGCUCAAGAAGAUGCGUCAAUUACAGCUCCUUCGCUAUUAGGCACCAUAACAGAUUUGAAUGAGCACAAUAAUAAACCUUUUGAAAUUCACAGAGAUCGACCUAGACCCGCUACUGAUUGCAAAAACAAUGAUACAGUUUCUUCGCUGCUUAUAGAAUAUGAACAUUUUCCAGCGGUUGAAGGUCAAAAGAAGGUCCAGUUUGCAGUGGAAAACAGUGCCAAGACUCAGGGGGCCGAUGACCAAAUGGCCACUGGAACGGACAACUUAUUGUCUUAUAUGGGUUCACUUGCAUUGACAGAAAUGGAGUUCGAUGCCAGCAAUCAGGUAGACACACUGACUGCUCUCAGUCAAGACGUGAACCAGAAUUUUCCAAGCAUGGAGGAGGAAAUUAAAUUGAGGUCUGAGUGCAUGAGUUCUUCUUUGUUGGCAAAAGGAUGUAUGGGGAUUCAGGAUCAGCUGAAAAAUUUCAGAAACUUUUUACAGGGAGACCUGAGCCAUCCCAUGACUCAAUCUUCAGUUGUUGGUUCAACUUGUGCUACCACCACAUUAAUCAAUUCAGCUUCUGCUCCCAUUGUUAAUUCAACGAUAUACAAUUCUCAUGUCCAUAAAAGAGGCGGUUCGCUAAUGGGUGUAGAAUCCUCGAGGGACGGUGACAUGAUUUCUCAACCAAUGAUCCAACGAGAGGCACUGCAGCUAUCAUACCAUACAUCCAAGAACAGCAGUGAAGUGUUAUCUGAGCAAGCAGCCUCUGCCGCUCAAGCUCCCAGCUCUGCUGCUGGCCCAGCUGACAACCAGUUGGAAGUACAGGAAUCUGAACCAUCUAAGGAGCAGAAAAAUAGUAUGAUGAAGGAAUGUGACAUUUCCAAAGAUCGUCCUCUUCUCGAUGACAUCUCAAUUAAAGGGCAAGCAUCUGCAGGUGAUGUUGCCAAUGUACAAUCUCAGGCUCUUUUGUCAAAAAAUCCAUCAUCGGAUGUAAAGUUAGAAUCUUCCAUGUCUGGAAAACAAGAAAAAGUUGCAAGUGGUAAAGCGACAUCUGCACGGAAAAGAAAUUAUGAUUCUGACUUGUUUUUCAAAGUUAAUGGGAAGCUCUAUCAAAGGCUUGGUAAGAUAGGUAGCGGAGGAAGUAGUGAGGUCCACAAAGUCAUUUCAUCAGAUUGCAAAAUCUAUGCUUUGAAAAAAAUCAAACUUAAAGGUCGUGACUAUGCUACUGCAUAUGGGUUUUCUCAGGAAAUUGAAUAUCUAAACAAAUUGAAGGGACAGAAUCAUAUUAUUCAACUCAUUGACUUUGAGGUGGCAGACAAGACUUUGCUCCAUGAAGUCAUGAAUGGUUCUAUGAGUAACAAAGAUGGCAGAGUCAAGGAAGAUGGAUAUAUAUACAUGGUGCUUGAAUAUGGUGAAAUUGAUUUGGCUCACAUGCUGUCCCAGAAAUGGAAGGAACUGGAUAGCUCUACUUCAACUAUAGAUGAGAACUGGCUUCGAUUUUACUGGCAGGUUCUUAACCAACUCUUUCCCUUGCUUUACUUUUGUCUCCAGUUUUGGGUGAUUGACACAAACAUUUACUCUUCAACCAGAGCUUCCAAGCGUUUGGUUAUCAUUGGCUUUUCACCAUUGAGAGCAUUUGGUUUAUUUUAG